AUGAAUGCCCUCAUCGUAGGCCGUGUUCUUUGUGGUAUCGGUGAUUCUGGACUAUACUGUGGCGUGAUCACGCUUCUGGCAGCCACCACCACACUCCAAGAGCGGCCAAUGUAUGUAGCCAGCACCGGCAUGACUUGGGGUCUUGGCAUGGUCCUCGGUCCAAUUGUGGGAGGAGGCUUUAGCCAGAGCUCUGUCAGCUGGAGCUGGACUUUCUACAUCAAAUUGUUAGUGGGAGCGGCCUGUGCACCGGUCUACUUCUGUCUCAUCCUGAAUAUCGACCCCCGAAAAAGAGCUCCUCUCGGGGGCCGAGUCCGUGAGAUCGAUUGGCAGGGAAGUAUUCUCAACCUUGGUGCUUUCCUAUCCAGUGUCAUGGCUAUCUCGUUCGGUGGCUUGACCUGGGCCUGGGGAAGCGGGAACAUCAUCGGAUUGCCCGUCUGCUCCGGUGUGCUGUUCGUUUUGCUUCGGCUCUAG